ACAACAUCCGGGCCGCUUGGCCUUGUUUCAAGCUAACUGCUUUUCUAGUUGCCUAUUUUAUUUCUACCAUCAAAAAGAAAAAGAAAAAACUCCACCUUCUUCACAAUCUAUCGAAACGUCAUCUAAAGUAUACCAAAACAGGAAACCACAUAGUAAACGAACAGACCUGGAGAGUUUUUUAAGACCGUGCUAAUCGAGUUGACCCUGAAAGGUGGAAUGACACAGAGAGGAAAGGCAUACACGAGAAUUCGUCUUGGCUGUUGUUGAGCAAUUUACAAAAAGUAUAGAAGCUAAAUGCGCAUAACAAUUACUUCCCACAUAAAUAAUCCUAUAUUUAUUUAGGUUAGCCAUAUAACGUUUUAUAUAACAAUGUCAUGCUGGGGAAUCUUUAUUCGGAGACGAUACCAGUUCUCCUCGCUGCUAAAACUGCAUCAACUCAACAUCCAACCAAUGUGUCAUCAGAGACAGAGAGGAUUCCAUAAAACGACUGCUGUCAAGACAUUUGAUGUGAGAAAAGUGGAGUUAACGCCACUGGAGCAGAGGAAACUCACGUUUGACUCCCAUGCGCUCGUGAAAGAGCUGGAAUCCAGCGGCUUUGAGAAGAGGCAGGCAGAAGUGAUUGUCACAGCACUGGUGACUCUUACUACAGCCAAUAUGGACAUUGUAUACAGAGAUAUGGUCACUGGAGCCCAUCAGGAAAUAGCUCUACAACAAAUCAUGGCUCAUCUAGACGCUAUCAGGAAAGACAUGGUUAUCCUGGAGAAGAGUGAAUUUGCCAAUUUACGCUCCGAAAAUGCUAAAAUGAAAACAGAGCAAGAGCAAAUAAAGAACAGACUACUGGAGGAAAGUCAAAAAAUUAGAGCAGAUGCAAAGUUAGACAUUAAUUUGGAGCGAAGUAGAAUUACAGACAUGUUUACAGAACAAGAGAAGAAACUUAUGGAAGUCAGAACUGAGUUCCAAAAAAUGAAUGCAGAUAUAGAAAGUGAAGCCGUGGAAACUUCAAAGAAAAUAGACAUACAAGUAGCCUCUUUGAAAACCCUUCUGGAAUCAGUCAAGCUAGAGACGAUUAGAUAUCUUGCAGCAUGCAUCUUCACCUGCUUGGCAAUUGCCUUGGGAUUCUAUCGCUUCUGGAAAUGAAUCUCACAAAACAGGAGAGAAAUUAUGUCUAGAGUUUUUAUCUUAAACGUUCUGCCUUUUGUUUUAAUCACACUGAUGUAUAUAUACAUGUAUUUUAUUAUAUUUUUACAUUUACAUUUAUUUUUAUGUGAGUAACAAAUGUGUUCUUUAAGUUUCUUUAGAUCAGAGGUGCCCAAACUUUUACCUACGAAGGGCCAAAAAUUUAACUUGUUUGAUGUCGGUGGGUCGAAAAGUAAAUGUUGCAU